UCAGCUCAAGCCGGUGUGACAGGGAUGGAAGUCCGCUAGGAACCGCGUACUCCGUUCCCCAUGCUUUGCACAGGUGAUAUUCGCCCCAUAUACUAACCCCAAUUCCAACUAACCCUAACCCGUACUUAUCAUAGGGGACCCAGGACGUCCAUUCCUGUCACACCGGUGUUGACAGUGCUAAAGUUGUUGAAGCUUGAACUGCACCUUAGUGUAGACCUACUCCCGCCAGGUGGCGUAGGUUUUGUACCCGCAGUUCCGGAAAGGCUUCCGCCACGCAUCUCAAGUGAAGCGUCUCUCAUUCCUACCGAGUAUGGAGGCUUCUCCGACGGUUGGCAUUUUAAUUAUUGGUGAUGAAAUCCUGAAAGGGCAAACUCAAGACACCAAUUCACAUUUUCUUUGCAAAAGACUGUUUUCACUUGGUGUCAAAGUCAAAAAGAUAACGACAGUUGGAGAUGAGCUUGAUGAAAUAGCCAAUGCUGUGAAGCAGUUUUCUGCUGCCUACACUCACGUCAUCACCUCGGGGGGCAUAGGGCCAACACAUGACGACCGCACAUUUGAAGCUGUAGCCAAGGCCUUUGGUGAAAGUGUGGAGCCGCAUCCUGAACUGGUAGCAUUAUGUCAGCAUUACUUUGGUACAGAUGACCUCAAGUCCCCUAAGCUGAAGUUAGCACAUAUUCCAAAGUCAGCUAAACUUCAGUAUGGUUCAGAUCCGGCUACUGGCCAGAAGACCAAGUAUCCUCUUGUAUCCAUACACAAUGUGUACAUGUUUCCUGGAGUUCCCUCCUUGAUGGAGAGGGCUUUUGUCAUGUUAGAGGGACUUUUCCACAAUCCUGACUCCAGUGUUUACACUAAAGAGCUGUACAUUAAUAUGGACGAAUUUAGCAUUGCUGAUGCAUUUAACAAAGUUGACGAGAGAUACAGAGAUACUGUGAUUUUAGGAUCAUAUCCAGAUUUUCACAAUAGUUAUUACAAGGUGAAGGUUACACUUGAGGCCACAGAUAAAGGGAAACUUGAUGAAGCAACUUAUUUUCUACAAGGAUUAUUACCAAAAGAGGCCCUAGUGAAGUAUGAGAAAGAUCCCCUCAGUCAUGCUGUUGAAGAAGUAUAUAGCCAAGCUGAGACAUGGCCAACAGUUAAAUCAUCUCUCAGGGUCUUAGAGGAAUGUUUAGAAAAAUAUAGUUUAGAUGAGGUAUGUGUUGGCUUUAAUGGCGGAAAGGAUUGUUCAGCAUUGCUGCAUCUAUUCUACACUGUGGUUAAAAAGAAGUAUGCUGACCAAGUUGUUGAUGCUCCUCUGAAAGCAUUGUACAUAAGAAGCAGAUCCCCAUUCCCAGAGGUAGAAUUAUUUAUACAACAGGGAGUUGAUAGGUAUGGUUUACAGUUAUUAAGAUAUGAUGGAAGGAUAAAGGAAUGUUUGGGGGAACUUAAGAAAGAUUGUCCACAUAUUAAAGCUGUUGUCAUGGGAACUAGGAGAACAGAUCCUUACUCAGUUCAGUUAGAAGCCUUCAGUAUGACUGAUCCAGACUGGCCACAAUUUAUGAGAGUAAAUCCCAUUUUGGAUUGGUCUUAUCACGAUAUUUGGAGGUUUCUCAGGGGUUUGAACCUACCUUAUUGUUCCCUGUAUGAUAUAGGGUAUACGUCAUUAGGAAGCAUGGAGAACACCCACCCUAAUCCAGCACUCAGAUACAUUGACCAGUUUGGACUUGCAAAAUACAGACCAGCAUAUGAAUUAGAGCAGGGAGAUCUUGAGAGAUCAGGGAGAAACUGAAAUUUUAAACAUCUUUUGACUGAUUUGGGUAUUGAAACAAUGGAGCACAAAAUAUAAAUUUUAAUAAUUUUAUUCAAAAAUUAUGUAAGAGUUCUGUACACAAACUGUUUUUGUCAUGACCAUUCUGGAAAUGUAUUAGUCUGAUAAAUGUUUACUAUCAGAUUGUGAAGGUGAACUUGGAAUGAUACUACCUUUCUUAAUUACAAGCAUAUACAUACUCAGUAUAUAUGUUGUAACUUUUUAUUCAAGAUGUUAUAAUUGGAAAAUAAAAAGGAAGUGAAAUAAUGUGUGGUGUGUUAA